AUGUCGAAGAGAUAAUUGCAAAGCCAAAUUGAUGAAGAAACGUAGAGAAUCUAGUUGCAAAUUAUUGAAAAUAAUCGACUUGUAAAAAAAGUGACUUAUGAUAAUCAAGAGUCAUUUUACAUUGGAAAUAUACUAACUUAGAAAAUUGCUCCUCCCUUAAUAGAUGUUUACAUGAGGCAAUGGCUAAACCCUAUUUAUAAAAAUGUCGUUGUUAAUAAAAUUGAAGAGGGCAGUUCGGCAAAGAAAAAAAAGAAACAUUUUUUUGGAAGAAAGACUCCAAAUAGAUUAUCCAUUUAGGGAGAUUUCAAUCCUCUAUAAGUUGAAUUAUCAGAGGUUUAGGUGCUUGAUACCAAUAAUGGGGUUGAAGAGAAAGUAAGAUUAAAGAAAGAAUAAGAACGAUAAAAGCAAUUUGAGGAAAAGCGAGUUGAAGAAGAACAGUUAAAAGUACAGUAAGAUGCAUAAAAUGAGCUAAUGAAAUAGUUAGAAGCAAUAAAGGGAAAGAGAUUCACAUUUGAUUAAAAUGGUAACAUCUUGCUACAAGACAGUUUAAACAUGAAUAAAAUUCCAAAUCCCCUUCAAAAUAUAAAGGUCUAAAGUAUGAAUGAAACUGUCAGACUUGGAAAUAGAUUUAGUAAAAUUGAAAAGAAUGAAGGCCCAAAAAUAAAAACUCCUACAAUUAGGGAUAUGUUGUAAACAAUGCCUAUUGUGUUUAAUAGACCAUAACCAGCACCAGGAGGAUCAUUCUUUGAUUAAAUUAAUCCUUCUAUUGGUACUAAAAUAUAAGAGGGCAAAAGGAUUAAAGAAUCUGACGAGAAGUAUGAAAAAGUUGUCGGUAAGACAAGCAGAGCUAGUUAUCUUGAAAAAUAAGAGAGAGUGGGUAUGUUUUAGAGUAGUAUGAAGGAUAAAUAUCAAAACAAGAAUGACCCUAAUCAAAGUUAUAGGAAAUAUAAUCUUGGUUUCGUUGAAAAGAUUAGUGAUCGAGGAGAAUAGGAAUAAUCUUCAUUAGCACUUGACCUUAAAAAAUCUAAAGGGAGAAUAUACUUCAAGAAACCAUAAGCACUAAAUGAGCUUUUAACACAGUAAAUGAGUAGGACUUAAAAACUAAAAGGUGGCAGUUAAACUCAUAGGGAAAUGGCCUGCUCUGAUUUAGAAUCAAAUUACUAGCUAACAAUGGAUUAAAAUACUGAUCCAGUAAGGAUAAGUAAAAUGAACUAGAUGAUUAUUAAUUGUGAAAAGUGGGGAUCCUCAUCAGGAGCACUAAUAAUUGAAAGUGCUUUUCAUUUGAAAUCAAAGAAAAAUUAAAAACAUAAUGACGAUAAUGCAAGUUCCUAUCACCCACUCACUGCUAGAUUAAGCUCGAGAGAGACACCAAGAUCAUCAUAUAUGACUAAAAGAGUUAAAAGGAUAUAAAUGAAUAACAAUAAUUUGGAUUAAUUAGCUGCAAAAUAAUCACAUGAAUAAGCACUAUUUACACCCGAAAGUUCCAGAACUUAUUUCAAAUUUGAAGAUAUCAGAUAAGAGUAGAGUAUUAAUAACAAUAAUAAUAAGGCUCCAGGAACUAAAAAAUUUACCAAAGAAAUCAUUAUUACAUGA